UGUGUUUAUAGAGGAAUGAUCUCUGACCCCUCCCCCUCUUUCCCCCCUCCCAGAGUGGCCUUCUUCCCUCUACACAUCGGAGACCAUGUGUUUAUAGAGGAAGACUGUGUGGUGAACGCUGCUCAGAUCGGAUCUUACGUUCACAUCGGGAAGAACUGUGUCAUCGGCCGGCGGUGUGUGUUGAAGGAUUGUUGUAAGAUCCUAGACAACACAGUUCUUCCUCCUGAGACCGUGGUUCCUCCCUUCACCGUGUUCUCAGGAUGCCCAGGUCUGUUUUCAGGAGAGCUCCCAGAAUGUACCCAGGACCUGAUGAUUGAUGUGACCAAGAGUUACUACCAGAAAUUCCUCUCUCUCAGCCAGAUAUAACCCUUACCUUAACCUACCCUACCUUAACCUACCUUAACCUACCAUACCUUAACCUACCCUACCUUAACCUACCCUACCUUAACCUACCUUACCUUAACCUACCUUACCUUAACCUACCCCACCUUAACCUACCCUAACCUACACUAUACAGAUAUAACCCCUUAACCUACCUUACCUUAACCUACCCUACCUUAACCUACCUUAACCUACCCUACCUUAACCUACCUUACCUUAACCUACCUUACCUUAACCUACCCCACCUUAACCUACCCCACCUUAACCUACCUUACCUUAACCUACCUUACCUUAACCUACCCUACCUUAACCUACCUUACCUUAACCUACCUUACCUUAACCUACCCUAACCUACACUAUACAGAUAUAACACCUUAACCUACCCCACCUUAACCUACCCCACCUUAACCUACCCUACCUUAACCUACCCCACCUUAACCUACCCUAACCUACACUAUACAGAUAUAACCCCUUAACCUACCCCACCUUAACCUACCCCACCUUAACCUACCCUACCUUAACCUACCCUACCUUAACCUACCCUACCUUAACCUACCCUACUCUGCUCAACACUAUCCGAUCCUUGUUCUGCCCAGCAUUGAAAAUAAAAAUAUGUUCUUAACUGA